AUGCUUCGAUCUCGUCUAUCAUCAAUCAUUCUUCCUCAAUUAUCUUCAUCAGUUCGUUAUUUAUCAACUAAACGACCUGAAUUAGAUGCUGUAAUCUUUGAUGUUGAUGGUACAUUAAUUGAUACAGUUGAUUAUCAUGCAAAAUCAUGGCAAGAUGCAUUAGAAUAUUAUAAUAUUAAAUCAAAUUUAGCUGAUGUUCGUAUGCAAAUCGGCAAAGCUGCUGAUCAAUUAUUACCUAUGUUUGCAACUGAAGAACAAAUUAGAAAAUAUAGUAAAGAUAUUUCAGCAAGAAAAGCAAAAGUAUUUGAAGAAACUUAUCUUGAAAAAGUCAAACCAUUUCCUGGUGUUCGAGAAUUAUUUGAAUUAAUUAAAAAACGAAAUAUUCCUAUUGCACUUGCUUCGUCAGCAAAAACUGACGAAUUAGAACUUUAUAAAAAUAUUGCUAAUGUAAGUGAUUUAGUUGAUUUUCAAACAAGUUCAAAUUCGAAAGAUGUUAAACGAUCGAAACCUUAUCCUGAUAUAUUCUUAGCUGCAUUAAAAUUAUUAAAAAAUCCAUCGACAGAUCGUGUUAUAGUUGUUGGUGAUACACCAUGGGAUGCACAAGCUGCUGUAGCAGCAAAAUUAAGAAUAGCUGGUGUUUUAUGUGGUGGUGUUGAUGAAAAAAUACUGCGAGAAUCUGGGUGUAGUUGGAUUUAUAAAGAUAUAAUUGAUUUAACAAAGAAUUAUGAUAAAUUAACAAAAGAAGUUUUAAAAAUAUAA